AUGCACAUGCAUUGCUUUCAGGAAGUUAGCAAGGAUAUAAAGAGACAAAAGAAAGACCUGAAACCAGAUGAAGUGGAAAAUUUAAAGGCAUGUCAGCUUGAAUUUGGGAGCUACUGCCUCUGGUCAACAGAACACAAAGUAAUUAUGAAGGAUUCAGUAGUGAAAAGGCUAAAAGACCAACUAUUCGUGGCCCGCUCAUACUAUCCAAGCAUUGCCAAACUUGAAGGGCAGGAGGCACUUACUCAGGAAAUGAAGCAAAAUAUACAAGACCAUGAGAGGAUUCUCAGUGCAUCUGCUGUUGAUGCUGAUCUACCAUCCUUUAUCAACAAGAAGAUAGAGCAGAUGGAGCACACAAUAGCAAGAGCGAAAUCAUGCACUGUGGAAUGCCACAAUGUUGUCAGGAAGCUUCGGCAGAUACUUGAUAUGACCGAUGAUGAAGCUCAUUUUCAUAUGAAGCAGAGUGCAUUCCUCUACAAUCUUGGUUCUCAGACAUUGCCAAAAACUCAUCACUGUUUCUCUAUGAGGUUGACAUUGGAAUAUUUCAAAUCCCCUUCAUUGGAUUCUGAUGUUUAUCCGGCUCGCAAGUUUAAUACCCCAAACCAUAGGCACUAUGUUAUACUAUCUAAGAAUGUCCUUGCAGCUUCUGUUGUCAUCAACUGA